UCCAAAAGAAUUUGCAUCGUCAACAGUGGCCGUGGUUGCGUCAGGUUAUCUGCAGGUGACAUACAUGCUCGGAGAGAGGACCAUGGCUAGAUCUCCCUAUUAAUACCGGGCCCAUCGUGUUCGAUAUUGCCACUCUCCGCUCUAUCUUUCUCGCCUGUUCCUCAGCUCGGGCGCGAUCGAUCACAAGCUAAGACGAAAUGAGCAGCUCGAUGAGCAUGGUGGAGGCUAGGCUGCCGCCGGGGUUCCGGUUCCACCCGAGGGACCACGAGCUCGUGCUGGACUACCUCUGCCCCAAGCUCUCCGGCAGGCGCAGCGGCGGCGGCGUGGACAUGGUGGACGUCGACCUCAACAAGUGCGAGCCGUGGGAGCUUCCAGACGCGGCGUGCGUGGGCGGCAAGGAGUGGUACUUCUUCAGCCUGCACGACCGCAAGUACGCGACGGGGCAGCGCACCAACCGCGCCACGCGCUCCGGCUACUGGAAGGCCACCGGCAAGGACCGCGUCAUCACCGGCGCCGGCGGCACGGUCGUCGGCAUGCGCAAGACGCUCGUCUUCUACCGAGGGAGAGCCCCAAGGGGAACCAAGGAGGAGUGGGUCAUGCACGAGUUCCGCGCUGAGGAGGGCUGCCCGGCGGUUCGUCGGCGGCUCGCCGACGCCGACCACGGCUGGUUGCCGUCUCCUCUUAGGGAGGACUGGGUGCUGUGCAGGGUGUUCUACAAAAGCACGGCCGCCGCUCCAAGACCGGCCUCCGACGAGUCAUCAGGUUCGCUCAGCAGCGACCUCGGCGUGGCACCGGCGCUGCAGGCCCCUAUCAAUGCCGCUGUUGGCUACGGGCAGCAAGACUCGACCGGUCCCCUACCGGGAGCGCACCAUUGGCCCGCCGCGCCAUUGCCGCUCCAGAGCUUCAGGGACCUGCUAGGCGACAUGGUGCAAGGCAGCGGCGGUGACCCUCACGCGGACUGGAGCGUCGACGACUCCGGCUACACGCGGCAGGGUGGCAUGUCGCAGAGUUGGAACGCGUUCUGAGCCGCUGGGCUCUCCUAGGUAGCACGUGCAGUACACUCGGUCGUCCGUUCUAUACUCUAGCAGGGUGAUCAUAUCAGUUAUUAGUUUUAGUGCAGGCAUUGGUACCCACUGUAGAAAUGGAUUGUUGUAACAGCACCAAAAUUACUGUAUUGUACAUAACAUUUCUUU